CUGUGUUUCCCUGAACCCUGCCAUCAUUGGCUGUUUGUGGCCCGCAGGUUCGGCCUCCCACGUGACGCGCGAUAAAUGUCGCCCGCUGCACUCCUGAGCUGCAGACAAUCAGGCUCCUCGGUCAGGGAAUGAGCACAGUCUCCUCUCUAGAGCUCACAGGAAUAAAUGACAGCUAUUCAGAAAACAAAUUUAUAACUGGUGGUGAAUUUUAUUUCUGCUUCUCUCUCUCUUUCUCUCUACGCGGUUGCAUUACUGGAUGAGUGCCUGUCCAUUAUUUGCACGGUUUGAUUUUGUUUGAGCAUUAACCAUGACUGGAGUGUUUGACAGUCUCAGCACAGAUAUGCAUUCCAACCAGAUUACCUCGAGCGGUUACCACAGCUUGCAUAAAUCGCAGGAAUCUCCGACUUUACCCGUCUCUACCGCCACGGACAGUAGCUACUACAACGGCCAGCAACCGAGUCACUGUGCAGGUUCGCCUUAUGGCCAGCUCGGUACUUAUCCGUACCACAACAACGGCAUGAGCAGCGUCCAGUACAACGCCAAGUCUUACGAGCUGGGCUUCAACAGUUCCUUCAGUACUUACAGCACGUACGGUUCGAGCGCAUCGCCUACUCCUACUGACGCAGAAAAAGAGGAGAACGAACCUGAAAUCCGGAUGGUGAACGGAAAGCCAAAGAAGGUGCGCAAACCGAGGACGAUUUACUCGAGUUUCCAGCUGGCCGCGCUGCAGAGGCGCUUCCAGAAGACACAGUACCUGGCGCUGCCUGAAAGAGCCGAGCUCGCCGCUUCUCUGGGCCUCACACAGACCCAGGUCAAAAUCUGGUUUCAGAACCGUCGCUCAAAGUUCAAGAAGUUGUGGAAGAAUGGAGAAAUCCCGCCCGAGCAACACGUGGCUUCCAGCGAGUCUCCUCCGUGCCACUCGCCAACCGUCAACAGCGCCUGGGACUUUCCACCAAACCAGAACAGGAUGAGCUCGGGUUUAGCCCCGAGCAGUGGCUCUCCCAGCACCACUGCGCCUUCCUUCCUCACCAACUACUCCUGGUACUCAUCCACGAACUCAGGCGCGCACCUCCAAGCGAACGCGCUGGCGCAGCACCACCACAACACAGCCGUCAGCGCCGGGACGAUAUUUUGACAACAACGAAAAUGACUUUAAAGAAAAAAAAAGACUGGAGAAUUAACUUUGCUCGGGAAAAUGAGAGAGAGAGAGAAAAAACAACCCGAGAGUUUGAUGUGACUUAGGCCUCGUUUUCUGAGAACUGCCGCAGCUGAUGAACUUGGACAGAGAUCUAGGCCUACCAUGUUCCUUGCUGCGUGUUAUACUGUUUUCUUUCUUUUUUUUUCUUAUACACAAUAUCGUCAUCAGGCAGACACGGAAGAAUAAAAGACAUUGCAAUUAUUUUUGUAUUUAUUUAUUUUGUCUCUGGAGGUGCAAAACAUAAUGCAUUGCUAAUGAACCACUAAGAUCCAAAGCUAUGCUCUAAAAAGCUGUUGAGGCCGGAGUGAACUUUAUAGCAGGAUGUUAACGUCAGAUUAUGUAGCACAGUUUUCAAGCUGUAUCGUGCCUUUAAAAAAAUGACCUCACUUUCAUUCGUCCACCAUAAUGUGUCCAACAUUGUCAUAUAUAUAUAUAUAUAUAUAUAUAUAUAUGGUUUUUUUUUUUUGCUUUCUAAGUUGUACAUAAGGUUAGUAGGAGAAACGUGUCUCUGUAACUGCUUGUAUGUUUCACUGCGUCCUUCUGAUAUGUUGCCAUCACUAUAGACUUGUAGGUUAUAAGGUAGGGUUUUCGUUUUUGCUGGAUUAUGCCUAAUGGGAAACAUUAAGAACGCAAAAGCUACUGAUUCCCCCUCCCCCACCCCCCAUCAAAAUUCACAUGUAACACGUUUCUUGGAAACAAGAAUACUUUUGUUUAAUUUAUUUUUUAUUUGUGGUAUGCUCAAUGAACAGUUCUGCCAUUCUAUGAAAUGCGUAUUUAAAUAAAAAAAAUGUUUCAUGUGAA